CAAAUAACUAACAAUGGUACAUGAGUUGUGCGAAAUGGGGUCAAAAUUACUCAAAAACACUUUUAACUAAACCUCAUUUUGCUAUUAUGGGAACUUGUGUCAGUGUUGACCGGCCAAAUCAAAAGGGAAAGAACCACAUAAACUUCCCUGCAAGUUGGCGAGAACAGGCAUUAGACAUACGAUUUUGCUAAAGGAGGCAAUGACGUAACAGCAAAGAAGGCGCAAUCUGACAAGCACAAGAUACACAAUUUUUUUCGGGUAGAAUAAGGACCAGGCUAUAACACGCAAGAUCAGUUUCCGACGCGCAAAAUUUGUCUGGACUCUACAUGGAUUUCGAAUAUACCGCUAUUUCCGGCGAAAAAGCAGCCUCAACCUCGAUCGAAUCAUAAGACAGGCCGAUUGCUGAUUUGAAGAAGAGGGAGUGCAUAGGCAAUGCAUAGCACUGAGCUACACAUGACAUGCAGAAGUGACACGAAAGCAAUCAUGAUUGCUCACAUACCUGGAGGCAAUUCAAAUUAGUAACAAGUGUCUAUCAUGUAGCGAAAAAAUGAGAUUGAAGGUCCCCAAGAAGAAACUAUUUCAACUAAGUCAAGCAUCAAUGAUUGCAUUGAGUCUGGUCAUGGUUUUACACUGGCUGCUUCCCAAGCAAAACAAUCAGAGUUCAAAGGCAAAUAAUGUCCAUGCACAACAACGCUCUGAUUGGGACUUUGACGUGAGUCAAAAAGUGGACUGGCAUGACCAUCAAUCCAUCCAAGCGGAUCGAAUCCGAAUUGGACCCGGAGAACAGGGUUCUAAAGUGACUCUGUCGCCAGAGGAUAAGAUCAAUCCUCUCCAGGGAACUUUGUACUCGGCCAAUGGGUUCAAUGCCUUUGCCAGCGAUCAGAUAUCCUUGGACCGGUCGGUCAAGGAUAUCCGACAUCCAGAGUGCAAGAACAAGGUCUACUCGAAAGAGUUGCCCACGGUGUCUGUGAUAAUCCCGUUCAUCAAUGAACACUGGAGCACUUUGGUUCGGACCUUUCAUAGCGUUUUGAAUCGAUCGCCGGAAUCACUCAUCCGGGAAAUCAUCCUUGUGGACGAUGCUAGCGAUAAGAUUCAUCUGAAGGAUAAAUUGGACACAUAUGUGCAUAACACGCCUCGGUUAAAGGGGAAAGUUCGGAUUCUCCGACUGUCCCAAAGGUCCGGAUUGAUUGAGGCUCGUCAAACUGGAGCCAAAAAUGCCAAAGGCGAGGUUCUUAUCUUCUUGGACUCGCACACGGAGUGUAACUACAACUGGCUUCCGCCUUUAUUGGAGCCCAUCGCCGCCGAUUAUAGGACGGCCGUUUGUCCUUUCAUUGAUGUGAUAGACAUGGAUAACUUUGAAUAUCGGGCCCAAGAUGAAGGGAAGAGAGGGUCCUUUGACUGGGAGCUCUAUUACAAACGGCUGGAUCUUCUUCCCGAGGAUCUGGCCAACCCGACUCGACCUUUUAAAAGUCCAGUUAUGGCGGGAGGAUUAUUUGCGAUCAGUGCCAAGUUCUUCUGGGAACUCGAAGGCUACGAUGAAGGCCUCAAAAUCUGGGGAGGAGAGCAAUACGAGCUUUCGUUCAAGAUCUGGCAAUGCGGAGGUCAAAUGUUUGAUGCUCCUUGCUCGAGAAUUGGACACAUUUAUCGAAAGUUUGCACCUUUCAGUUCCGGUGGUUUUGGGAACUAUCUCGGAAAGAACUACCGACGAGUAGCUGAUGUAUGGAUGGAUGAGUAUGCCGAGUACAUCUAUAAGCGGAAACCCAAUUACAAAUCGAUUGAUCCUGGAGAUAUAUCCAAACAAAAGGCUUUAAGGGAGCGAUUGCAAUGCAAAUCGUUCAAAUGGUUCAUGGAAAACGUGGCCUUUGACCAGCCCAAACAUUAUCCACCCGUGGAACCCGAUGAUUACGCCCAUGGAUUCAUCAAGAACGUCCAGUAUUCAAACUUAUGUGCCACAGCCGGUUCCAGCAAUGAGCCGUUUUUCGUAUCGGAAUGUGAUGGCUCGUCGCGGCAAAAGUUCAUUUUGAAUUGGCACAAAGACAUCCGGACUUACGUGUCGCAUUCCAUGUGUUGGGAUGUCUCUCAGGGAGGCGAUGAAGCUCCAGUUAUGCCUUAUCCCUGUCAUGGAGGAAAAGGCAAUCAGUUAUGGCGCUAUUAUCCGGAGACCCAGCUCCUCCGCCAUUAUGGAAAUCAAAGGUGUCUGGAUAUCAAUGCCGACACGAAAAAACUAUUCGUGAGCAAUUGUCGUCCAGGAUUGGAGAGUCAAAAAUGGCUCCUGGACAACAUGAAUCAAAAUCGUUUGGAAAACUGGGAACAAGAGCCGUGAUUGGUCUGAUUGCGUUGUGCAUUUUCCUCGUCCGAAUGUGAUAUAGAAACAAACCCCCCUAACAAGAUCCAACGAAAAAAAAUAGAAAUAAAUUUAACCGAACCUUU